AUGUGGUCCUCUUCGUCGUCCUUAUUCUUGAUCAAGAAUUCUCCUCUUCCACAAGUGAGCAACGUCUUUCUGAUGAAUGGCGUCGUGUUCGAUUAUGGACAAUUAUUAUUGGACCAAUACAAGAGAAUUCUGGACAAGUGGAUUCUCAUUAAGGGAGUGUGUGAAAAAGAAGAUCCCUCUUCACCACUCAUCAUCAAUGCCAAUCAAGCCAUUCCUAUUGCUAAUCAAACACUUUUGGUCUUGCAAGAUUUCUUUCCAAAAUUUAAGGCUGGAGAAUAUUCUCUCCGUUGGAUUGGGUCUAUUCUAUUGGAGGAGCCAUCUCUAGAACAAUUAUUGAAUAUGAAGAGUGAAAAAAGUGAUGCUGAUGAUCAUCAGAUGCCAUUUGUGUGUUCAUUGAAUUCACCCACUGAUCUCAAUAUUCAACCCAAUGAAUAUGCUGCCUUGUUGGAUGUUAUGGCACAACGAGAACCCUCUAAAACCAUGUUUCAAGUAUUCGAGAAUUUGACACAUUUCGACACCCCAAGUGAUUUGAGUAGUAAUGAAAUUACUCAAAAAACAAUGGCUUUUAUUGCAUAG